AUGGACAAGAUGGCAGCAAUGGGCAUGCUGACUACCCCAGCCCCACACGCUCCCCCUGAGGGGGCUCCCAAUGGUGCCAGGACCCCCCUGGCCCCCCAAGGCAGCCCUAUGGGAGCCCCCCUGCUCCUAGGAGCCCCCCAGCCCCGCGAGUCUCCCCCGCACCCCAGCGAUGACAGCAGAGAGGCCCAGGACUCCGGGGUGGGCCCCAAGAUCCCACAGGUGCUGGAGAAGAUCCUGCAGCUCAAGCAGAGCCGCCAGGAGGAGCUGGUGAUGGUCCUGGGGGUCUCAGCUGAGGAUGAAAUGGAGACAGAGCUCCAGGCAUCAGCAUUGACCUCCGAGACUGAGGAGGACACAGGGACAUCCAAAAAGGUGAGGAACCGGAAGCGCCGCAACCGCAAGAGGAAGAAGCAGGGGAAGGGAGGGCCCUGGCAAGGGUCUCCAACCCUGAUCUGCCCCUGGGGGGACCCCGAGCCCACCCCUGGGGAUGCCCCCAGGGUGGAGAUUGAGUACAUGACCGAGGAGCCUGAGAUUGAUGACCCCAACUUCGUGUUCUUCAGGAGGAUUUUCGAGGCUUUCAGGCUGACAGACAGGGUGAGGAAGGACAAGGAGAAAGAGCCAGAGUGGGCAGAGCAGGCAGAGAGCGCUGGGGUAUCCCGUAAAAAGGGACCCAAGGAUGGCACCAGGGGCACUGAUGGGGUCAGCUCUGAGGACGAGCAGAAGAAGCAGGAGGCACCCCAGUUGUCUAAGAAGAGACUGCGGCGCAUGAACAGGUUCACAGUGGCCGAGCUGAAACAGCUGGUGGCUCGCCCUGAUGUGGUGGAGAUGCACGAUGUCACCGCGCAGGACCCCAAGCUCCUGAUGCACCUGAAGGCCACACGGAACUCAGUACCGGUGCUGCGGCACUGGUGCUUCAAGAGGAAAUACCUGCAAGGCAAGAGGGGCAUUGAGAAACCACCCUUUGAGCUGCCUGAGUUCAUCAAGCGCACGGGCAUCCAGGAAAUGCGCGAGGCCCUGCAGGAGAAAGAGGAACAGAAAACGAUGAAGACCAAGAUGCGGGACAAGGUGCAACCCAAGAUGGGUAAGAUCGACAUUGACUACCAGAAACUCCAUGAUGCCUUCUUCAAGUGGCAGACCAAGCCCAAACAGACCCUACACGGGGACCUCUAUUAUGCGGGGAAGGAGUUUGAGACACGGCUCAAGGAGAAGAAGCCGGGUGUCCUCUCGGAUGAGCUGUGGAUUGCUCUGGGCAUGCCCAUGGGGCCAAACGCCCACAAGGUGCCCCCCCCAUGGCUGAUCGCCAUGCAGCGCUAUGGACCACCCCCCUCGUACCCCAACCUCAAAAUCCUGGGGCUCAAUGCCCCCAUCCCUGAGGGCUGCUCUUUUGGGUACCAUGCUGGGGGGUGGGGGAAGCCCCCUGUGGACGAGAUGGGGAAGCCGCUCUAUGGAGACGUGUUCAGCACCAACGCCGCCAAGUUCCAAAUGAAGGAGGAGGAGGAGAUCGACUGCACACCCUGGGGAGAGCUGGAGCCAUCAGAUGAGGAAUCUGAGGAGGAGGAGGAGGAAGAGGAGGAGAGCAACGAAGAGAAACCCAACCAGACAGGGUUCAUCACCCCCACUGACAGUGGGUUUAUUACCCCAGGGGGCUUCUCCUCAGUGCCAGCCGGGAUGGAGACACCAGAGGUGAUCGAGCUCUGCAAGAAGAAAAUGGAGGCCAUGGACAGGAGUGAGACCUCCCAGCUGUUCACAGUGGUCCCUGAAAAACGCACGGCAACCAUGGGAAUGGCCACGAUGGGCUCCACCCACAUUUAUGACAUGUCCGCAGUGGUGGGACACAAGGGGCCAGUGACAGAGGCACAGGGCGUGGAGGUGGCACUGGCCCCUGAGGAGCUGGAGCUGCACCCCACAGCCAUGACUCAGAAGUAUGAGGAGCACGUGCGGGAGCGGCAGGUGCAGGUGGAGAAGGAGGACUUCAGUGACAUGGUGGCCGAGCACACCGCCAAGCAGAAGCAAUGCAAGGCGCAGGCCCAGGACGCCCAUGGGGGGGCCAAGAAGUACAAGGAGUUCAAGUUUUAG